AUGAUCUCCAUUCUCAUUCUGGCCGAGUAUGCUCCCGGCGACUAUGAUGGUCUCUAUGGAAUACAAUUCAACCUCCUCUCCUCCUCGUCCCGAUCGGCGGUGGAUCCAGCCGACCGGCCCCACUCCGCGUCCACCUUAAAUGUGCAGAGUGGCGAACGGGGUUAUCUCUGCCGGGUGGCGACUCGACCUCUCGACUGUCGUUCUCGACCGCUACUCCCGCACGGAAGCGGGUCGGCAGCUCUCGUGAUAAGCCUGGGCUGCACGAAUGGGAUGGUUGAUGAGUAA